GGGAGCUGGGGUGGGGGCAAGUGGGUGAGGCCACAUGGCAGACCCUUCUGUAUGACACUUUACAGCCCAGGAACACCCACCCCACCCCCAUUCCUUCCCCCAGAGACACAUCCUUAAACCCUACUGGGCAGGGGAACUUGGCCCUGCCACGAAUCUGUCACUUAACCCUGGACAGUUCCUCCUUCCCUCCGAACCUCAGCGCUCCCUGUCAGAUGGGCCACCCUGCAGCUUUGUGGGGUUGUUGGAGAAUCAGAUGACAUCAUGUAAUAGUUGGCCAACUGUGGAGCGCUUCAGAACUUCAGCAAACAUUCCAUGAGGACUUCGUGGUGCCGGGGGUGCCAGGGAGGGAAAAGGAUGAUUCAGAAGCCACCCCCCCCCAUCCAGGGGGAGGAGUUAGGGUUGGGGGAGGGAGGAUCAGAUGGUGGGAAGGGCAGAGAAUGCAGUCCGAAAACAAAGCAAGCUUUGUCCUAUUGCCUUCUUUGUUCUUAUCUUGUUAUUUAACCUAUUUUGAAUUUCAAAUAACAUCCGAAGGGCAAUAUUGAGAUUUUUAUGCUUGGAGGAGGCAGCAGUGGUUUAUAAAAAAGCAGCAGGCUGGGCCACAGCUGUAGGUGUUCUUGUUAAGGAUCAUGAUUGACUUCUAUCAGCUGAGAUCCCAGGUCUGUGUAGGAAACCACCCUGGGCAGGAGAGAAGCCUACCCCCUCCGGGGUGCUUUCUCUGCACUUCAACAUCUACAGCUGCUUCUGAGGGGCUGGGAGCCGGGCCCCGGGGAGAGACGAGCCAUGGAGCCCCCACAGCCUCAGCUUUCAGGGACCUCACCUUAGGAGAGCGUCAUCCACAGCUUCUGCCAGGGCAAAGGAGCUGAGCACCAGUCCCCAGCCCAGCCCACCUCCCUCCCCCAGCCCCUGGUGGGCAUGGACUAGUGGCUGCGAGCUGCCAGAGCUGAUGCCCGGCCCCCAGGGGGGCGGAGGCGCCCCCACCAUGAGCCUGGGCAAGCUCUCACCUGUGGGCUGGGUCUCCAGUUCUCAUGGAAAGAGGCGGCUGACUGCAGACAUGAUCAGCCCCCCACUCGGGGACUUCCGCCACACCAUGCAUGUGGGCCGUGGCGGGGACGUCUUUGGGGACACCUCCUUCCUCAGCAACCACGGUGGCAGCUCCGGGGGCACCCAUCGCUCACCCCGCAGCUUCCUGGCCAAGAAGCUGCAGCUGGUGCGGAGGGUGGGGGCGCUCCCCCGGAGGAUGGCAUCCCCACCUGCGCCCUCACCGGCUCCCCCGGCCAUCUCCCCCAUCAUCAAGAACGCCAUCUCCCUGCCCCAGCUCAACCAGGCCGCCUACGACAGCCUCGUGGUUGGCAAGCUCAGUUUCGACGGCAGCCCCACCAGCUCCACGGACGGCCACUCCAGCUACGGCCUGGACUCUGGGUUCUGCACCAUCUCCCGCUUGCCCCGCUCAGAAAAGCCGCAUGACGGAGACCAGGAUGGGUCCUUCCCCUCUGAGCCGGGGCUCCGCCGCUCGGACUCGCUCUUGUCCUUCCGCCUGGACCUCGAUCUUGGGCCCUCACUCCUCAGCGAGCUGCUGGGGGUCAUGAGCCUCCCGGAAACCCCUGCAGCUGAGACCCCAGCCCCUGCUGCUGCAAACCCCUCGGCUCCUGCUGCAAGCCCCCUACCCGCUCCUGCAAACUCCCCGGCUCCUACUGCAAACCUCCCAGCCCCUGCCGCAAGCUCCACACCCCGUGGACGCUGUCCCAAUGGGGUGACAGCCGGGUUGGGCCCAGUGGUGGAGGGGAAGGCCAGCCCAGUGGGAGGGGGUCCCCGAGGAGCUGCUGACCCAGCCCUCAGCAGGCACUGGGGAGCAGGCUGGGGUGGCAACCCCCACUACCCCGAAACGCGGCGGGAGCGAGUGGAGGUGCUGCCCCAGGCCCGGGCCUCCUGGGAGAGCCUGAACGAAGAGUGGAGGGCGCCCCAGGCAGGCACCAGGACCCCGGUGCCCAGCACAGUGCAAACACACACCUUCGAAUUUGCAGAUGCUGAAGAGGAUGAUGAAGUCAAGGUGUGAGGGGCUGGGGCCUGUUCUCGAGGCCCCACCGAGGUGCAGAGCCAGCCCCUCACCUAACAGCUGAUUCCUGCCAGACCAGAGAGGGGAGAAGCCGAGUUGCCCCAAAUGCCUCCCCGCCUCUGUAGGACAGACAUGGGAGGAGGACAGGGACAGCCAGGCUUGCUCUGGGACUUGGAUGCUCCCAGGGGCCUGCCAGGCUGACCACAUCCCCCCACUGCCACUCUGGACCUAAUAGCUAUUCCUUAGGCCCCACCCCAUGCCACCCCCACCAGCUGGAGGGCCCAGGCUCACAGUGUGGCCUUUGUGCCAGACCAAGCUGUCCGUGUGGGGUGGGGGGGCAGGGAGUGUACCACACAGGGCCAUUGUCUCACCUCCCAAAGGGACCGCCUGCCCCCAGCUCAUCCCAGAGUGUCCCCGCUGCAACUGUGACAACUCUAUCCCCGGCCACUUCCCCAACCUCCCUGCCCCAGCCUCCCACUUAUCCCAGGAAGGUCAGGUAUGGCCUCUCGGGAGGAAUCCCACCUGCCUACAUACUCCAGAUUUGCCUCUGGGACCUGAUUAAAUAAGGCUGUUUUGAUAAAA